AUGCAAUUGGACCAUUUCGACUACAUGGUCAUUGUGAUGGUGGGUUUCUACCUCACUUUGGCGCCUUUCACCAAGGUGGAGGAGUCCUUCAACAUGCAGGCCAUCCACGACAUUGUCUACUUUGGCGUGUCCGAUCUGUCCAAGUACGAUCAUGUUGAUUUCCCCGGGGUGGUGCCUCGGACGUUUGUGGGAGCAGGAGUGUUGGGUAUCAUUGCCCGAGGUCUCAAGGGAGCGGUUUUCAAGGGAGCGAUGAAGUUUGACAUCCAGCUGCUGACUCGAGGAGCUCUGGGAAUCAUCAAUGCGGUGUGUUUCAUGUUUCUGAGACACUCCAUUGCCGACUUCUUCACUCUGUCGCGGUACCCCAAUCUGGGCAACAUCAUUGCGUCGUUUUUCGCCGCCUUCCAGUUCUCCCAGUUCCAUAUGAUCUACUACGCCUCCCGGACUCUGCCCAACAUGAUGGCCAUGCCUCUGGUUACUUUUGCGCUGAGCAAGGCCGUGGCCGGCGAGUUUGAGAGCACAAUCACGCUGCUGGCUGUCGCCGGUUCGAUUUUCCGUGUCGAAAUUCUCCUCCUAACUGCCAUCUUCACGGUCCUGUGUCUUGUGCAGCGACGAGUCUACCUGUCCAAGGCCGUGGUUGCCGGUCUCAAGGGCGCUCUCAUCGGGUCCACAAUUUCAAUCGGCGUGGACUCGUACUUCUGGCAGAACGGAACUCCCUCGUUUAACCCGUUGGAGCAGUUCAAGCUAGUGUUCCCCGAACUCCAGGGCUUCAUUUUCAACGUGAUUGAGGGCAACUCGUCCGAGUGGGGAGUCUCGCCUUACUCGCAGUAUUUCCUUGUCGACCUGCCCAAGCUGAUUCUCAACCCUGUUGUCCUCCUGCUCAUUCCUUACGGAUAUAUUAAGGACCCCAGCGGAAAGAGAGGCCACCUGCGACUUCUGGGGCUCACUGCCACUAUCUACGUGGCCAUCUACUCUCUGCAGCCCCACAAGGAAUGGCGAUUCAUCAUCUAUACCGUCCCCAUCUUCACUCUGCUUGCUGCUGUAGGAGCCACUUCCAUCUGGGAGAAACGAAACACCAACAAAAUCUACAUGGUGGGCUCUGUGAUAAUCAUUCUCACCACCUUCUUGACCUUUGUUCUUUCCUGCUUCAUGGGUUCGAUCUCGUCUUUCAACUACCCCGGAGGAUUUGCCCUGGAGGCCUUUCAUGAUCUGCCCGAGGUGGCUAAACACACCUUCCACUUUGGAGAACGAGGUCAGGCCUACGUGGACCCCAUCAUGGUCCAUGUCGAUGUCCCCACCUGUAUGACUGGAGCUAUUCGAUUUGGCGAGUCUGAAGACUUUACAGAGUCCGGAGCCAUCAUCUAUGACAAGACGGAAGAUAAGGAGACUCUGGAAGACCUGUGGGACGGAUUUGACUAUGUUAUCACUGCCGAAAAGCGGCCCGACAUGGAUCUCGCUGAUACCAUUACCGCUCUGACCCGGGUUGACGCCAAGGAGGCUCUCAGAACCUUCUCUGCUGCCGUCAAGGACCCUUCUGGCACUGCCAACGAGUUCGUUCGGGUGCUCAAGCUGGCUUUUGGAGAGGACGUCAAUGAUGCCUACCUGGAGCUGGAAAAGGUCUGGGAUCGAAUUGUCGUCACUGAGCCUGCUUUGUUUAUUUAUAAGAGGAAGGAGAGCCAGGAGGUUUAG